AUGACCAUCCGCAAAACCCCCUCCUUAUCCACACCCACCGGCAACCUGACCCAACCCCCCGCCGGGCUUCCCUCGCGCAACCCGUCCAAAUCCUACUGGCUCAAAGACCUGUCCCCAACACUUGUCGGACACAGAAGCACACCGGACCUACCGGAGGAAGCCGAUGUGGUGAUUGUAGGAAGCGGGAUCACGGGGGCGUUUGCAGCGAGGUUCUUGUUGGAGGGCGAGAAUGGUGGGAAUGGAGCUGGCUCGGCAGGGUCGGAGGUGAAGAGUGGGGAGGGAAAGAAGGUGGUGAUGCUUGAGGCGAGAGAGGCGUGUUCCGGAGCUACGGGGCGGAAUGGGGGUCAUUGUCAGCCGUUGGUGUAUGGAGCCGUGCCGGCUGUUGUGGCGUUUGAGUUGGAGGUGUAUGCCUUUUUGGAGAGGUUUGUGAAGGAAGAGGGUGUGGAUUGUGAUUGGGUGAGCCUCUCCGGCGUCCACGCCUUCCUCUCGGACAGGAUGUUUGAAGUAGCCGUAGCAGAAGCCGAGCAACUACAGCAAACCCACCCCGAGCUGGCCGCCCAGCUCGAGGUUGUCCGACCCUCGUUCGCUUCCGGCUCCUCUACUACGGACGAAACCAAGCCCACUCUCGCAUCCCUCCGCGUGCCUUCCGCUCGGGGCGUCGUCAUCCAACAGAAAGCGGCCUCGCUAUGGCCCUACAAACUCGUCGCUUCCGUCCUAGAGCGCCUCAUCGUCCGGCAUCCAGCUCCACGCUUCAAUCUUCAGACCAACACCCCCGUGACCUCCCUCGACCGCGCCGAGUCAGGGACCGGCUGGACGCUGACCACCCCGCGCGGCCAAAUCACGGCGCGCCAGGUGUUGCUGGCUACCAACGGGUACACCUCACACCUCCUCCCGGCGUUCUCGGAUCUGAUUGUCCCUGUGCGAGGCCAAAUCGGGGCGAUUCUACCCCCUCAACCCACUCCAGAAUCUACCUUUCCAACGACAUCUACCUCGGCCUCUUCUCCGGCUAAACUCACGCACUCCUAUAGCUUUAUCGCCGAAGUGGAAACCGAUACCGAUACCGACAGCAACGGCAGCCUCCUGACAUCCGCAUCUGCCUCUGCCCCACGAGACGAUUACCUCGUGCAACGGCCCCUACCAAAUGGCGAGCUAAUCUACGGCGGCGGCCGACGUCUAGCGCGAGGACUGGGCGUAGGCGAGUGGCGGGAUGAUGAGGUAGAAGAGGACGUAGCGCGGUACUUAAAGGGGAGUUUGAGUCCGCCUUUGGAUCUAGCUUCUUCUGCUUGUUCUACGGGUUACCCGGCGGAAAAGGGGGCCACAGGACAGCAGCACCUAGACGCAACCUUCGAAUGGACAGGCGUCAUGGGCUUUAGCCGCGACCAUCAUGCGUGGGUCGGGCCGGUGCCUGAGAGCCUGGGCGGGGGUGAAGGGCCGGAUGGCGGGGGAUUGUUUGUAUGCGCUGGGUAUACGGGGCAUGGGAUGCCGGCGGCCGCGUUGUCGGCGCGGGAGGUGGUUAGGCAGAUGACCGGACGGGUGGUGGUUAGACAAACGGGAGAGGGUGAGAAGAAGGAGGCUGAAUUUCCGGUGGAGUUUCUGGCGAGCGAGGAACGGGUGAACCAGGCGAGGGGAUUCCCGCAUGUGACGCAGGGGUGGUAG